AUGUUCGAUCCGAGCAAGACCCUGGUCGAGGCGAUGGUAUGCGAGCACGACUCCCCCGUGUACUUUUACGUCCUAGACAAGGCCGACGGCAAGGUCAUCGCAUCCUACCAAGUCCCAAACUUCUACUUCUUCCACACAGCCAACGCCUACGACUACGUCGAUCCCAAAACGGGGCACACGAACGUCCAUGUCGACAUCGCGAGCUACAAGGCCGAACACUACCCGUACCACGAAUACGCCAUCUCGAACGUCAUCAACCCGCUCAAACCCUACCAGACAGGCCGCCUCGUCCGCUACGAACUCUCCGCCGUCAACACGCGCGAUCCCGCCGUCGUCGCCCGCGGCACCGUCAAAGCCGCUAUUCCAAACAUGAUGGCGGAACUCCCUCGCAUCUCCAAAGCCGCAUCCAUGGAUCCAAACUACCGCUUCGUCUACGGCGUCUCUGGAAACGGCAUCGCCGCUCCAGGCACAGAUGUUCCCAUCGGACGUCUCGGCAACGGCGUAGAUAUGCCACAUGCAUCUUUCUAUGGCCACCUCUUCAAGUCUGAUUGGCGGACUGGGACGUUCAAAGCGUGGGUACCGCAGAAUGGCGAGAGUUGUCCUACGGAGCCGAUUUUCAUUCAGAGGCCUGGUGCGACAGAGGAGGAUGAUGGGAUUGUGAUUACUAUUACGAUUAAUAAGGAGGGGACGAAUAGUAUUCUUGUGGGGCUGGAUGGGAGGACUUUUGAGGAGGUGGCGAGGGCGGAUAUGCCACAGGUUUAUGCGCUGGGGCCGCAUGGGUCGUUUGUUGAAGGGGAUUUUGGGGUUGUGAGUCGUGUGGGUCGGGAGGGAGAGUGA